AUGCACGUCUCAUCAAUGCGCACUGCGUUGGCGCGUGUUUUUCAAAUACCUCUGCGACCGAGUCUGCGCAAUGCCGUCAAAGUCCCAUCCACCACCACCGAGACAACCACGUCCUCAUUUUCAACGAGCGUAACCCGUGCCGCAAAAAAGGGCAAGGGCGUCAAACCUGAUCAAAGAAUAACUUUAAUUCGCUACUUCCUAUACCACCCGACGACACUGACGCCGCGACCGCUCCGCUUCUCCCGGAACCGAUACCUCCGACACUGGACAAUCCACCGCGCUUGGAACCUGUACCGGGCGAAAGUCAAGCAAGCCCGCCAACUGGAGCUCGAGCGGCAAUACAAUGCCAUGAAUGCGGCGAACGAGGAGCUGCGUGUCGGCGCUGGUGACGGCGGCAAGCUCUUCCGCAAAGCCCAGAUGAAGACGGGCGUUUGGAGUAUUCCCGAACGAGGCGGCGGAGUGCCCAUCGAGUAUGCCAGGGGCUUGGUGGAUUGGAUGGGCAGUACCGGCGGUUUGGGCAGUUCCGGAGUUGGGCUGGGGGCCAAGGCAAAAAUCUGGGACAGUGAGUGGAAACGAUCGUGA